GAGCUUUAGUUUUAUCGAUCUGUAUUUAUAUUUUCUAAUUUUCUAUUAACUGUAGAUUUUCUCUUUAGGGAAUGGCUGUGGUGGUUCAAUCAGAAUUCGUGUUUGAGAUUACGCAAAUAUUAUUUUAUGCUGCUGCUGCUGCUGCUGCAAAGUUUGACACUCAAUUGAAAUCUAUUUCUUCCAAAAACCAGUACGUUUCCAUUUAUGAUAGUGAUAUUAAUGAUGGAAUCUUCUUCAAAGUAAAGCUGUUUGUCGGCAUUAUUAAUUCACACUCUUUCUGAUGAAGGUUGUAUUUACAGUUCACACCAAAAACCAGUAAAUUAAAUAUAAACACCUCGAUGGCAACAAAGCAUGUGAAGAUUUUAACUGCACACAGCGUUUGAAAGUUGUAUUUUUUUUUUCAUAGUUAAUAUCACCAUCUAAAACAAAGUUUAUAUUGUGUUGUUCAUCUGAGAGAAAAGAGAACAGUUAAAAGAGGAAUUAUACUGUUGGAUUGGACUAGUUAUUUGUUUAAUUUCCCUGUUGUUAUUGGAGUCAGUAGUAAGCAAAGAUUUUAAAGAUUAAUAUUCUGAUUUGUUUUCUUUCACUUUCUCUUGUUUGUGUAAUUAUUUAUAUUAAAAUGAAAUUAGGUGAAAGAUUUCAUUCAUUCAAGACCCUUCCAUGGGUGAAAGCUCUGUUUGUGGUAAAAUAAGCUGGACAAAUUAGUGCAUUAAAGCCAUCCAACUUCCCACUACUUCUUUCACUUGGAAAAUACUUAGCUGUUUGUGUCCAGGUCAAAACCUAGCAUUUAUUCUCCCUCUCCCUCCCAACUGUUAUUUCUAUGAGAGUUUGCAUCAAACUUUUGAUUUUUCUAGUUCAACAUUAGAUUAGAUCUGAUCCAGUUCAAUUCUAUUUCUAUCCAACCAUCUUGAACAUUGAUCAAUGACAACACAUAACCAAGAUCAAGCUCUUCCUCCUCCCAAGAAAAGCCAGAGGAAAAGGCGAUGUCUUAUUGCCAUUGGUGCAAUAAUACUACUUAUUUUCCUGCUGUUUGUCGUUGUCUUGAUCCUUGCAUUGACCGUGUUUAAGACAAAACAACCCAAGACUCAACUUCAGUCGGCAAAGGUUGAAGGGAUUGCUCCUCGUGUGACUCUCCCCACCCUUAAUUUCCAACUCAACCUCACCCUUGACCUUCAAAUCCUCGUUGAGAACCCAAACCAUGCCAGUUUCAGGCAUGGCACUGGCAAUAGUAUCCUUGUGUAUCGCGGUGACCAGGUUGGAGAGGCUGAUAUCUACCCGGGUUUGAUUCCGUCCGACGGCUCCACCACUCUUCCAUGCAGGCUUACAGUUCAGGUAGAUAAGUUUGCAUCCGAUAUAACUACUUUGAUCGGUGACAUAAUGGGCGGUCAGGUAGUCAUGGAGACGCAUACAAAGAUUCCAGGCAGAAUCAACUUCUUGGGGAUUUUCAAGAAACAUGUUGUCACCUCUUCUGAUUGCAAAUUUACUAUUGGUUUUCCUGCUAUGAAUAUCACCAACCAAGAGUGCAAGAACAAGCUUUGAUCCAUGUUAUUUCUUUAACUCUAAGUUGAUGUACAGAGACGUCACCAAUAAUUUAGAUGCUGGACUCGACGGGAGAGGAGAUAUUGUAUACAGGAAGAAAACUUUAUGCUUGAUUUUACAUUAUCCCAUCUUUAUUGAUAUAGAGUUCUUCAUCUUGCUGUGGCUUUAUAACUAUUUUAUUGAGUCAUAUGCAUCUAUAGUAACAAUAAACAGAAGAAAAUUCCCAUA